AAGCUGCGAUCUUUAUCUUCCCCUGUGAACAUAUGUUAGUAGUUGUUUGAUUGCAAGAAAGAGGGAAGAGAGAAUUCGUGUUUAAGAUGGUGCUUCUUCCCAAUUAACAGUGUUCAAGCUCUCUCUGUUUCUUUCUUUCUUUCUUUUGUUUUUUUUUUUUUUUUUUUUUUUUGGGGUGUGGCCAAUUGGAGGGAAGAAUUACAAAUGAGGAUUCUGUUCCUAGGGAAGUUUUGCCAAAUUCAAUGAGUUAUUUCAUUUGACAGUUUUUGUGUAAAGUCAUGGAUUUGUACAGAAGCUAGAAGGUCUCUAUCUGCGUGACAUGUAACAGAGAAAAAUUUGAUGUCUACUUUUGUUUGUGAAUUCGUCAUGUGAAGUUUAAGUAUUUCUCUACUCACAGAUUCCAGGUGUCCUUUUCCUCCUCAAAGUUCUCUCAAUUCAAAACUUUCUUUGUGGGAUGCUGGUGCAGGUGAACAUGAUGUGCUCUUUCGCUUUCAUAAAAGAGAGCAUUGAGAGAGAAUUUAACGAUAGAUUUAUAUGAAGAGCUUAUGGAUUCCCUUUGAUUCACGUCACCAUGUCGAGGCAAGCUCAACUCCCACCCCGCUGCCCAUUUCAAAGAAAGCCUGUUUCUCGGCCGAUUCACGACGCCAUCUCUCCACCUGCAAACACAUACCACAGUAAUGUCUUUCCACGGCAUAAAAAAUCUCCCUCUCAGAGUGCCAUUUUGGAGGAGCAGCCGGCAUGGCUUGAGGAUUUGCUGGACGAUCCAAACUCAAGUUACAAGGGAGUCAUCCAUCGGAGAUCGGCUAGUGAUUCAUUUACUCUUUUAGAUGGCCUAUCGGACUCAUUACCAGCAAUCAAACCCCAUAGUGCAAAGCAGGCCAGAGAUGAAAGGGAAGCUUCAGGCAGGUUGGACUUGGAUUGCAUUUAUGGUCCUAAUUCUCCGCGUCAAAAAGCCAACCCAGCAUUACCGGACAGUGGCGUAGUUUCAGCAUUGUCGGAAUAUAUUUCACAGACUUCCCUGCAGUUCCUAGAUGGCAGUCUAUGCAUUUCUGGAAUGGUCAACUCAGAUACGAACGGUGAUAACUGUUUUUCAACUGGUGAUGCUGAGACAAAGGCAGUGAAACGGCAUUCAGGACAGCGUUCGAGGGUACGUAGACUUCAGUAUAUUGCUGAACUGGAGAAAACAGUCAAUAUUUUCCAGGCUUUUGAAUCAGAGUUAGCAGUCAGAGUUGCUUCUCUGCUUCAGCACCGUUCUGCUUUGACCAUGGAGAAUGCCAGCUUGAAGCAAAAGAUUGCCAGACUGCAGCAGGAAAAGUUACUCUUGGAGGGGCAAUAUCAGUCCAUGAAGAAAGAAUAUGGGAAACUGAAAUUAGGUCUUGCAAGUUCACCAAACAGCGGGUUCAGGAAUCAUUUUGAGGCAAGUCCUGCUGCUGGUGCUGGUGCUGCUAUUUCAGAAUCUGCUUGGCAGUCAUUAGGUAUCGAAAAACUCAAUCUUAACUGAAGAUCUGAUGUCCAGAUAAUCUUGAAAACCUUGGCGUUAAUGUGCAAUUUGCACUCGGCAUUGGGUCUUUUGUUGCACUGAAGUGCAUAAACAGAAAAAAGAAAAUGUCAGAUCUGUAGGCGUCUCUUGGCUCAGUAUCUCCUUUAAAUGGGCUACUGUAAAUCUGGUGAAAGACCUCGAUUUUGAGUGACGAAUUGGGUCGACACCUUAGGUUGCGGUAAACACGGUGCAAAUAUGGGCUUGCUGUCGGAAGUUCCUGCUUUCUUUUGCCUGCUGCAAAAGAAGAGGGCAGUUUGAAGUUUGGAGUUGUUGUUGAUGAAUGCUUUUCUGGUGUGAAAGUGGUCCAAAUAAAGGGAAGGAGGCCUGCUAAUGUUCAUUUUGCUAUUAUGCUUUUGAACGACACCUAAUCUAAUGUCUAUGCUAAAACGGCCUUCUGGAAA